AUAGAGUCAAGAUAUGCAAGGUGGAUGAUUACAAGAACGAAGAUAAUUCUAAAGGUUUCUGAAUUGACUAAAUGCAACUAUCGAUCAGGGUAUUGGACAACAUCAAAUACGCAAACCUCUUCAAAAAAACACACCAAUGCAAGUGAUACAGUGCAAAAAAAACCCAGCUAGCCUCGGUCGAGGAUCAAAACCCAACCAAGGCCGACCGGAUACGAAGGACAAGAAAGGGAAUAUGCGAAAUGGGGUUGUUGAAGCACACGCCAAGUCGAAGAUUCGCAGAUGAAGACAAAAAAGCCAACAGGGGAAAAGAAGAAGAAGAAAUCUGCUAUGCAGAAUACAUAGACACAAAAACAAAUAUGGCGUACAAUUGCAAAAAGACUCUUGGGUAACAUGAUCAUGAACAUGGCAAACGAUGACCUCGGAAACAAAAAAAAAAAAGAGGGGGGGGUUGGGGAAACACAUCAUCAAACAGAGUCAAACGACAAAAGUCGAAGGCCUCGGCAGUCAGAAAUCAGGUACAUGAACUGCAAAAAUAGAAGCAAAAAGGAAGAAAACAAUGAACAAAAGCGACAGCAAACAGGCCAAGGGUAUAUAUCUCUUUCCUCCGCCGAUUCCACCCAUCUCUUCAAUACCGACAAGAGGCAAAGCAAACAGGCAGGCGAAGAAACGAAUUGGGGCCAUUCGAAGAAAGAUUAUACACAACGCUUGCAGACAGUCAUCAGAGAAAGAAAAGCAAAAAACAACAUAAAAAAUCAGUCAUUGCAGGUCAUCAGAAUCGUACAAUCAUGUCACCGUGAUGGACGCGAUCGGUCGGAGUCGUAUGAAACCCGCCCUUCUGUUGAAAAUCCCGAGACAAUAAAAAACAUAGCAAAUCAAACGAAGAAAGAAAAAAAAGUCAAGAUCAAGUCAAAAAGCCUCCCAUUUUUGCAAAGAGACGAAGUUUUUUCAGCAGCGUCAUCGCACUUUUUUCAACUUUUGAAAGUCUUUCCAGCUGACAAGGACACUUUUGAUCACACACGCUUUUGCAUUUUGAGUUUUGUCUUUUUCUUUCUCUCUCUUUCUUUUUUGUUUCGCCCAAAAACAGAUCCCGACCCUGGAAGUAACAAGAACAACAAAACUUUUUGGUAACCGGCAGCAUCUCUUUUCUCUUGAUCGACGAAGCUAAAACGUAAUGGCUUUUGCGGAAGAGGAAAAGGAAAAGAAA